GAGAGGUGUUUCCCCCUGUCUAAACUUGCAACCAAGGGGUUAAAGUCUGUUCCAUAAACUCUCCUGUGCUUCAAGAAUCUCCUUGUGCAGGCUUUAAAUACUGAUUUGACCAAUCACAUUUUACACACAGCCUGCCACUGAGAAAAUAACUUACUGCUACUACUACUACUAACCCAUAGCUUGCACUGCCUCCUCACACUUUACCACAGCUUCCAGCUAGGUAACACACCACAGCACAGACACGAUGGGAACUGUGAGAAUGUUACUCUUCUCCGUUAUACUGUCACCGUGGGUGCUCUCCUUGACUGGGAAACACUUUAACCAGGACUCAACGCUCCGACUGAAACAACAGGAUGUAUUGUUCGAUAGAGAAGUUUAUCUGGAAGCAAGGAGGUCUAAGAGAGAGGCAGCAGCGUUGUGGCUGGGAGAGGACUAUGACUCCAGAAUGGUCUUCCUGCCUGCUGAUGAACCAGACGAUGCCCCAGCCUCAGAGCUGCCCACAUGCCUGCUGUGUGUGUGUCUGACCGGCUCUGUGUACUGUGAGGAAGUUGUUCCUGAGAUGACUGCUGUGCCCACCCUGCCCAAGGAGACUGCCUACCUCUACGCCCGCUAUAACAAGAUCAACAAGAUCACCAAUAAAGACUUUGCAGAAAUCGUGACUCUGAAGAGAAUCGACCUGACGGGAAACCUGAUCUCUGAGAUCCAGGACGGAGCGUUCUCCAAGCUUACCCUAUUGGAGGAACUCAAUUUGGCUGAGAACCAUCUGGUCAAGCUGCCCAUGCUGCCCGGCAAGCUCACAACCUUCAACGCCAACCACAAUCAGCUCAAAACCAAAGGGGUCAAGGCCAACGCCUUCAAGAAACUGAGGCAGCUGGUUAACCUGUUCCUCGGAGACAAUGAGCUGGAGGCCGUGCCAGUGAUCCCUGAGACCGUCCGCAUUAUUCACCUACAGAACAACAACAUCACUGAUGUCACCUCCGACACGUUCUGUAAUGGCAACAACACGUACUACAUCAGACCCAACCUGAUAGAGGUGAGGUUGGAUGGGAACCCAGUGCUGCUGUCCAAGUCCCCCGACAGCUUCACCUGCCUCAAGUCUCUCCCCGUCGGAAAAUACCGCUAAACAAAAGACUCCCUGGGGAAAGGGAUUUCGCUAACUUUUCCAAAAUUCCCAGGUUUUCCAGAAAUCCUAGUUGGAGGAGUCCUGGAAUCAGUAGGGAAUAAACAGGGAAUCCGGAAUAGUCCAAACAGGAUUUCUGUAUAACUAGGGGAUUUAGGAAAAGUUUUCCAACGUUAAUGGACUUCCUGGUUAUUAAAUAACAUUACAGUAGUAAAACAGAUUCUACAGGGCUUUCAGCAAGACAGACACAUACAACGCAAUUCCCUAUUCUACUUGACGAAGACAAGACCAUCUGAUAAGACUGGUCGUCUACACAAUUACAUUCCAUUUCUGUCUGAACGUUUCUUCUGUAAAAAAUUGUGCCCAGGUCUUUCAGAAGGCUAGUGGAUUGGGACUGAAACGUUAGCGUGUCCCAUUAGCAAGCUACGUCAGGCUUCCUCUCUGCGUGGGUUCUGAUUUCAUUUCCUUUACGUUUAGACUGGUCUUGAACAUAAACUUGAACACAUGAGCUAAAUGGUCUGAAGCCUUUGUAAAUACACCUUUUAUUCUGCUUCUGCAUAAUGUAUGAAUUAUGACUUCUUCAAAAUGUUGAGUCAAGCUUUUGGCUUUCUGAAUUCUGUGAAUUACCUUCAUGUAAACUGGUUCUUAAGUAGAAGUUGACAAUACAUGUAUCUUUGAAAUACGUAGCCUGUAGUAAUGUGAACCUAAUGUGUCUCAAAAUCGUAAGCUUUGAUAUUGAAAUGGUGGAAUCAGACAUGGUAUGAUCCUUUUCUAAAGUCCUUUUAGAAAAGGAUCAUUAGGAAUUAUUACCUGUGAUUAUUACCUGUGAUUAUUACCUGUGGUUAUUACCUGUAGUUAUUACCUGUGGUUAUUACCUGUGGUUAUUACCUGUGGUUAUUACAUGUGAUUAUUACAUGCGAUUAUUACCUGUGAUUAUUACAUGAGAUUACUACAUGUGAUUAUCACAUGCGAUUAUUACCUGUGAUUAUUACAUGAGAUUACUACCUGUGGUUAUUACAUGUGAUUACUACAUGUGAUUAUUACAUGCGAUUAUUACCUGUGAUUAUUACAUGAGAUUACUACAUGUGAUUAUCACAUGCGAUUAUUACCUGUGAUUAUUACAUGAGAUUACUACCUGUGAUUAUUACAUGAGAUUACUACCUGUGGUUAUUACAUGUGAUUAUCACAUGCGAUUAUUACCUGUGAUUAUUACAUGAGAUUAUUACAUGUGAUUAUUACCUGUGAUUAUUACCUGUGAUUAUUACCCGUGGUUAUUACAUGCGAUUAUUACCUGUGAUUAUUACCUGUGAUUAUUACCUGUGGUUAAUACCUGUGAUUACUACCUGGGGUUAAUACCUGCGAUUAUUACCUGUGAUUAUUACCUGUGAUUAUCACUUGUGAUUUUCACCUGUGAUUAUUACCUGUGAUUCUGACCUGUACACUAAAAUCCCAGAAAUUGUAUUUGACCGUGGCUGUGUUUUUAUACAUUUUAAUACAAUUAAAAUACUUUAAAAAAAUUAAACCCUGCAUGAACGUCAACCAAACAGAAACCCA